AUGUAUAAUAUCCAUCAGAGGCGUAAUAAGUUCUCAGAAAUGGAGGACAAUAAGCUUAAGGAACUUGUAAAUGAGCAUGGCAAAGAUUGGAAUCUUAUUGCCUCUCUAAUGGAAGGAAAGAACGUUAGACAAUGCAGAGAAAGAUAUGAAAAGUAUCUUAGUGAUGAUUUAAAGCAGACACCAUUCACCAUUGAUGAAGACAUACAAAUUCUCACAUUGUAUAAUCAGCUUGGACGCCAAUGGAUUAACAUUUCCAAAAUCAUGAAAGGAAGGAGUGACGUUAGCAUUAAGGCAAGAUUCAAAUUACUUUUAAGACACGGAAAAACGUUAAAAGGCUUAAGGAGAGAAAAAGUUAAAGUUAAAAAGCAAAAUGAAGAAUUUAAUAGAAUUGCUGAUACAAUGGUCUCAGAAUUUGAUAAUGUAUAUGACUUAAUAGAUCUCGAAUUCCAACAAUUGUUCAUUGUUUAA